UCGUUUUUGGAGGGUUUGCGCUAUGGCCUCUGGUAAAUCUUACUUCAGUGCCACCGUACCCAGGAUUGUUGUGCAAAGUUUGUUUAAAAAGUAUGACACAGAUGGGAAUGGUCACCUAAGUAAAAAAGAAGUCCUAAUCCUUCUGAAGGAUGACCUGGGAAUGGAUAACAAACAAGCUGAAGCUUGCUACAUGCUCGUUGACAAAGAUGGCGGGGGGAGCGUCUCCUUCGAGGAGUUUUUCUCUUGGCUUCGAAACGAAAAGGGCUUAGAAUGCGUCAAUGACAAUUCUAGGUACUACUAUAUAAGGAAAGCUAUCGACGAAUUCAAGAAAUAUGACAGAGACGGCAAUGGCACCAUUGAUAAAGACGAGCUGAAGCUCCUACUGAAAGCUGUUGACUACCGCCACGACGUCAACGAGGCACUCCGACAAUUGGAUACAAGCGGUGAUGGGAAAAUUUCAUUCCCUGAAUUUUUAGCCUGGCUGAACUGGUUACCAAACUGAAGUUCUCUACACCAAUGUUAUUUCCAUUGUUAGCUGUAGGUUGCAUACUGAAAGCAACUUAAGUGUUUACGAUUAUGUUUACGAUAAUUCAUAGAGUUUGAGUUACACUCGCUGUGUGCCUAUUGAUCAAGAAUAGUUUCAUGUGAUUGUAAAAAUUUUUGUAUAAAUAAAACUAUCAAAUUUAGACUA